CCGGCCGCUGCUGAGGACCGUUACCCGGAGACAAGCGUCUGUCCGCGGCCACACACUCAGCGGAGUCCCGCCCCCCCCCCCGGUCCCACCGCGCGGAGCUGGAGCUGCGAUGAGGACAUGAAGGACCCGAGGACUGCUGCUGGGGACAGCGUGGAGGCCGGAGCCCCGCCCCCAGCCUGAGGCGCCGGAGCCGUGGUGAUGGUGUUGAACUCGGGUGAGGUCUCCAUGGAUCCGGUCGAGGGUGAACGUGGUGGGAGGAGCCGGGACCUGCUGGAGCCUGAGGUCCGAGCUGAUCCCCCGAGGACCACCAGCGGCUCCGCGGCUGCGACCAGGGCGUCGGCCAAGAGCAGCCAUUUGUCCGAGAAGGAGGAGGCGUCCCACAACGGCGUCCCAGCCCCGCCCACCAGCGCCCUGGUAGAGAGGAGGUCCUCAUCAUCAGUAAGAGGCGGGGCCACGCCCAGACCGCUGCUGCGCCGGCCCCUCAGCCUGGACAUGACGCCCCGGCGCCUGCGGGCGUCCCAGGAGCCGCCUGCGGACCGGCGGGUCCUGAAGCCUCCUUGGCGAAGCGGAUCCGUGGCCCCGCCCCCCCCGGCACGCAGCCUCACCAGCCCGGGCCUGGGCGCCGGCGGCUGGAUGCGGCGGAGCGAAAGCACCUGCUCAGUCAACUACUCCCGGGGCGACCGGGGGGGCAAGGGGCAGCUGCGCCCGGCCGUGUCGCUGCCCCACAUCGCCAAGCAGGGGGGGGGCAGCCCGCUGCCGGCCUCCUCCAGGCCGUGUCUGCUCAUCGCCCUCCGACCUCUGAACCUGGAGCAGGAGAAGCAGAAGUUCUUUCAGUCGGACUUCAGGUACGAGCCUCAGUUUGAGUACCAGCAGCCGGAGCCCCGGAGCAUGCUGGAGAAGUACCAGGACGGCUCGGGCCUGUUCCUGCAGCAGGCCGUUGGAAUCAUGGAGUGCGUCCUGAGGAAGUUUGGCUCCUAUGAGAACUUCGAGGAGGUGACGGGUGGAGCCGUGCUUCCUAAGUGUCAGGUGUGGGCGGGGGUGCGCAGGUACCUGCAGAAGGAAGGCUGCGUGGGGGAGGUGGUUGUGCGUCUGUCUGACGAGCUGCUGUCCCAGGCGGUGAUGGUGGUGGAGAGUUGUCGUCCCACGCUGACCAUCAACCUGGCGAGGGCGCGGCAGCACUGGCUGGAGGGGAUGCUGCGCCACGAGAUCGAAAUCCCACUCGCUGUGAGCUGUACUGCAGCCAGACACCAGGGGGCGAUCAGGACACGGGGGCUUCUUGUCACGUCGGCCAUCUUUAUCUCCAGUGUGUGUUUCCUCAGGGACGCACUAUCUCCGAGGCGUCAACAACCAGCUGCAGCUGUGGAACACCUCGGACGGCCGGAAGCAGUUCGGCCUCAAACCGGCCAACCCCACGGAGGAGGGGCUGGCCAGCCUGCACAGCGUGUUGCUACGGAAACAGCCCUUCCUGUGGCGUGCGGCGCUGCUGUACUACACCGUGCACCACGCCGCCAGCAUGAGCUUCACACGCCUCUUCAGCCACAUCGCUCCGUUCGUCCAGGACCCGGACGUCCGCUGGGAAUACUGCCUGAGAGCCAAGAGGGGCCAGAGGGACAGCUCCCAGCCGGGUUGCUUCAGCAAAGAUCAGGUUUAUCUGGACGGGAUUCUGCGGAUUCUUCGGCAUCGAAGGUCGAUCGACUUCAAGAUGUUGACGUCUCUAGGAAAGGUGUCGUACGAAGACGUGGAGCGGCUUCGCCACCUGGCGGCGCUGCAGCGGACCCGAGUCCCUCACUUCAUGCGAGACCAGGAGCGCUACCUGCAGCAUCUGGAUCACAUCGUGGCCGUCAACGAGCUGGACGACGCCGCGCUGCAACAUCUGCUGCCUUGAGCGUCUCGGCGGCGUCUGAAGAGGACGACGCCCCCGAAGGAUGCUGGGACAGCGACUGGGUCACGUGACUCCCUGAACAUCUCGUAACAUGUGGCCGAUCUUUGUCAAACUUGAAUGAUUCAAACAAAAAGGGACGAACACACCAACACCUCUUAGCUACAUGUUCACUUUCGUCUAAUGCAUGUCCACAAGCCCCGCCCCCUUUACUCCCACUAUAACGUUACCUCAACACUGCGAAGCUACGAUGUAAUAAACAUAAUAUAUGUAGACACAUUUCAUGUACAUAUUUAAACCUACAUAAUCACACAGGUUUUUUACUUUGAGGGAACAAACUGAAUGUCUCUGCUCGAGCUUGAAAGCUUCUUUUAUAGUCACGGUUUUUUACGCCUUAGAUUAUUUGCAUUUGAAAAAGGACACCGAGGACACGUGGACCAGGUCCCGAGGACACGUGGACCAGGUCCAGGUCCCGAGGACACGUGGACCAGGUCCAGGUCCCGAGGACACGUGGACCAGGUCCAGGUCCCGAGGACACGUGGACCAGGUCCAGGUCCCGAGGACACGUGGACCAGGUCCAGGUCCCGAGGACACGUGGACCAGGUCCAGGUCCCUAGGACACGUGGACCAGGUCCAGGUCCCGAGGACACGAGGACAGGAAUCUAUCAAGUGGACUCAGUCAAAUCUUCCAUUUGUCCCUGGGAGCUUCUCAAUUAUCAGUGUUAUUAAAACCAGUGGUGUUAUUCCGGUGAGGUCAGAGUCCUUGGUGCCCUUUGGAGAUUUGAAUAUCAAUAUGCUACUGUGAUGUGACCCGCCCCCCCGCCGCUGCACAGCAAACGCUUUUUAUUUUGCAGCGUUAAAGGAACAGUUCAGUGUUUUGGGAAACGUCUGGUCCCAGUGGUCAGGUCAGUUUGCUCAUGGGCACUGGAGCAGUCCGGGAUGGAACCAGCAGCUCCGGGUUUCUACCUCCAGAGCAACAGCAACUCCAACAGGACUCAGUGUCUAGUUUGUUAUUCUGCUUCAUCAACCCUGUCUCUGAUCAACAGCGCCCCCUGCAGCCAAUCAUGUGAUUAAACGUGUUGGUCUCAAUGUGUUGCCUGGGUCAUAACGCUGGAUAUUACCCAUGAUCCUCUGCUUCCUGACCCUGAAGAGCUGCAGCUGGAACAAAUCCACCAAACUGCUCAGAAUCCUUCAUGUUUUAACAGUUUCCUGCUGAAUCUUGGAGAUAAUCUCUGGUUGUUAAUAACUUCAGAGUCUUUCUAACUGAUCUCAGUUCAGCUUCACUCCUCAACUUCUCCAACAAGAAAUUGACUGAGCACUUUUCCCAAAGUGUCAAACUGUUCCUUCAACGUAUAGAAGAAGUGCCUCAGUGGCCGCAGCCAAACUGAGCCCCUCUGGCUGGGGGGGGGGGGGCGUGCCUUGGAUGGGUGUACAGCUCAUCUGCCGUAGUUAGACGUGUAUCUGUUGCUGCUUUUGACUGUUUCUGUCUCAUCGUGUCGGUGGUUCUGGGCCACGUGGUCGACGCCUCCGUCAGCAACGACUCACUGAAGAAACCACUCGUUGGUCGAAGUCGCCAGUUUUUAACCUCGACUACAAUGUGAACCCUUCUUCUUUGAUGCAUUUUGAAUCCAUGGAUUUGAGGGAGACCCCUCGGCCCACCCGCCUGGACGACUGCACUCUGUGUUUGUGACGCACGAAUGUUGCACAUGUGUUUUAUGUUCUGGGAAAUUUCCAGUUUAUUUAUUAAAAGUGCACAAAGUGAA